AUGGGAUAUGGCAUUGAAGGUGUUGUGAAUGAAUCCGAGUCCGGUAAUGGCAGACAGGAGGUUGAUUCUAGGCCUGUGAUCAGUUCGUUAGCAUACGAGAUUAGUCAGCCCCGCGUGGAUGAGCUUUCAGUGCGUGUACCUAUUGACUGGACAUCUAUCAAUUACGGAAUUGACAUUUACAACACCGCACUCGAUAUUAUUAAAUCAUUUUAUGGCGAAUUCCAUAGUUAUGCAGCAGUUGGCGUUGCUGUGGAGGAGAGGACAAGAAUAAAAGACUCCGUAGCUGCCCGGGGAAUACAUCAAGUAUUAUGGGAAGGAGAAACAAAACACUAUGCCGAUUUUGAUAGCCUUCAUGAAAUUCGGAUACCUAGUAACGCACCCGGUCAAAUUCACACGUUGAACAACCAAUGUGUAAAGAAGGAAGAACAAUCUCAAGUCAGCAUUAUUAUCGAGGUUGGCAUGAAUGCAAAAACUGCCAGACUUUUAAUUGAAACAAUUCAUGCCUAUGAGAAACACGUUCCUCUGACAUUAUUCGUUUUCGGUGACUUCGUGGAAUUGUACCCUGAACUAAUCAUAGAGUGGAGCAAAGUGUACGAGAUUGGAAUCAGAGGAAGCAGUCCCCUACCAAGGAACCUGUGGGCGUUACAAAACUAUGGAAUUCAGCGAUUGUCCGUUGUCAGUGCCGAGAUGAAAUUGAGAAAAUUGGGAAUAACAACAGCAUAUAUAUUUCCACCUGAAUUUGGAGAGACUGUCACCCUCAUUGCAAAAGAGAGAAGUCUGCGAAUGAUUAACUCGACUGUGACACUCCCGCCAAGAAGUGGCAGCCUAACGUUAGAGACGUAUUUCAAAUAUGAGGAUGUGAAACGAACACCGAAAGCUCUAAGGAUCAUUCACGAAGAACUCGUGCAUAGUGGGGGAAUACUGAGUUUGGAUUCUGAUUUUCCAGACUGUCAGAUGACGUCAAUUUUUCUUCUGGAUUAUUUAUACGAUGUUUCGAAUCACAAAAUUACAAGUUUACGUGAAUGUUUUGGUGGUAAAUGACAAGUCGUUGUUUGAUGCCGUGGAGCUUUGAAAUUAAUUUGAA